UCGAAUAUGGGAUUUAAUUUGCCCUGACAGUCGAAUUGAAUCUAAACCGCUUUUUUUUUUUAUCUACACGGGGCCGAUUUACCCUUUACGGGGCCCUGCCGGGGCGUAUCAAGUGCUGAUCUGGUUUUUCAGAUUUUUCAAAUUUGCAACGUAAAAAAAAAACAAAAAACAACAACGAACCUGUCGAAAAAUCAAAUUUUUGAGUUUGAGGUUAAACGACGAGUUUUGUAUCGCAGGAUACUUGUUCCAACGGGAGAAUGCUUCGAUUCUCGGAUAAGAAGGCUUAGGUUUCAACUCUGUAUGAAAUCUUGACUAUUUACGAAGCGAAUAAUCGUUGACAAUGGCUUAUAACUAUUUUAACCGCAAUUUUGACACAUCCUGGGGUGAGGAGCACCCUCAGCAGGUCGGGAGGCAAACAAUGCCGCAGAGCAGUGUGUCGCAAAGGCUUAUGAAGUACCAACAGCAGAGUCACAGCGGCCAGAGCCCACAGGCGCAGGCACAACCGAGCCAGCCGGGCGUCUAUUCGCCGCAACAUUACCCGAUGAACCAGGGUCAAAACGCCCAGAUGCAGAACAUGCUCAAUUACCAGCACAUCCAGGGGCAGAUGUGCACACCGCCGCCCGUUUAUGAAAAAAACAACCAGUUCAUAGAUCGUGUGUUUACAACAUCGCCGACUCUUUCGGUCGGAUCAUCCCAUCUCGCAAUCAUCAGCCAUAUCGAAGACGGUCCUUACUCAUUCUCAAUUCAACUCAAGUCUGCUAUUGAAGAGGUUCUCCCGCAUAUCAAAAACGUUUUAAACCAGUAUACACCAUCUCUUAUAUCAUCUCCUAUACUACCAGGAACUACCGUUAUGGGAAGAAGCAAAACUGAUUUGGAAUAUAGACGUUGUUUUGUUAUGAACGUUUAUACUAAUUCUUGUGUUGUGUAUUACAUCGAUUACGGUAGUUUGGAGGAGCUCCCUUAUUCAGAAAUUUACCAACUGCCUACAGCGGCUAUAGAUAUUGCGCCUCCGCAAGCUUUGCGUUUUUGCCUCGCCGAGCUUGAAGAUGUGAACAUUACGACACUCUCAAAGGAAUUCUUUUCAAAGCUUCUCAACCGGCAAGUACACAUCAGAGUGACAGAAAGAGAGGGUCCGUUGUACCACUACUGUGACAUGCAUUUCGAGGGGCAAAACAUCAAAGAAUUGUUGGUGAACUUGAAUUCACCUUUGGAAUACACAAAUCAAUUCCCUCCAAGAGGUCGAGAGAUGUCAGUUGUUGUGAGUUAUGUUGACAGCCCGACUCAAUUUUUUGUACAAUACUCCAGUGAGAUAUCGGUGCUCGGGCAAAUACUAGAAUCUAUGAGAUUAUACGGCCCUACACAACCACGAUUACAGAACUUGGAUUCGAUAAAUAUUGGUUCCCCGGUCGCAUGUCUUUUCUCCCAGGAUAACCUCUGGUACCGGGGACUCGUCAUCGGCGUUGACAGCGAUAAAAUCAACGUCUUUUUCGUUGACUACGGCAAUCGGGACAAUGUCAGCGUCAACCAGCUGUGCAACAUAAGUCGAAGUCUUGUGAAGAAGUGGAGGAGCCAGGCGGUUGAGUGUUGUCUAAGCGGUUUCGAAAACGCCACACCUGAUCCUAUACUCGCAAGUCUAAUGGAGGAACUAACUUUGGGCCUGAGAUUCACCCUUAAGCUGCGUUCCAUGCUUAACGGAAACAGGCUCAGUGUAGAGCUUAUAAAUGAUAAAGGGCAGAAUAUAAACAAGAUGAUCGAAGAAAAAGCAGAAGCAAGAGCACUAGAGCUCUCAAAAUUAAGCAUCUCAAUACCAAAAACAAACCUGAACAAAAAGGAAUACCAAUCUCCACAAGCUGUCAAUCUUGGUGAUUCUGGCGGGAAUAGGUGGAAUGCAGGAAGGAAGUCAAGUGGCGACAGAGACUCUGAAAACAACAGAUUCAUCAGGCCUCCUCACAACCAACAUGAUGAUAGAUGCGAUGAUUACAAGCAAAAUCGGGGUAGGGCCGAGGGCGGAGACCCUAAGUCAAAAUCAUCAGUUCUCACAAAGAUGAAUGAUGGGAAUGACUUGAGAGAAACAGAAUCUUCGGAGAAUAGCUGGAAGGCUGAUAAGAAAACGGAUAACUUUUAUGAGAGGAAGUACACUGACCGGACUGAUAAAGACUCAAACAAGUUUGAUAGGAAAAACAGGUACGAGGAUCACGAGAACAACAGAUUCGGAGAACGUGGAAAUGUUAAAGAAGGCCGAGGAGAUAAAUUCGGCGAAAGAAGAGAAAAAUUUGUAGACAGGGAUAAUAAUAAGUACAAGGGCGAUAAAGACAGGCAAAACAGGUUCAGCGAUCGAAGCUUCCAAGAAGACCGACCGAACCGAUUCCACGACAGAAACUUUCAAGAAGACAGGUCGAACAGAUUCAACGACCGCAACUUUCAAGAAGACAGGCCGAACAGACACGACCGAAGUUCACAGGAAGACCGGCUGAAUCGAUACAGUGAUCGCAGCUUUCAAGAUGACCGGCCUGACAGGAGGGACCGUUAUAACAACAAAGCAAGAAGCGACUACUCCGAAAAUGACAAAUUCAGUGAUAAAACAGACAGGAGUAACAGAUAUGAUAAAAAUGACAGAACAAACAAAGAUGGCGACAACAGGUUCAACAAGGACGGGAGCAACAGAUUCAACAGGGAUGGAAACAAUAGGUUCAACAGGGAUGGAAAUAAUAGUUUCAACAGGGAUGGAAACAAUAGUUUCAACAGGGAACAGGGUGGAGAACGGAAGCGGUUUGAUAAAAACGACAGGCCUCCAAGGUUCAACAGAGACUUCGGAAGUAAUAAAAGUUUUGGAGAAGAAACCAAUAAAAACUUUGAGCCGGUUGUAAAUGUAAAAGAAUUGCAAAAUGAAUCCUGGGAUGAAGAAGCCAGUGUUGUUCCAGCAAGUCAAAUAGUGAGCAGUUUCAGCCAGCUGGACAUCUCUGAGGGCCAGGAGAUAACGGCACACUUCUGUUUCAUGAACGCCCCCAAUGACAUAUACGUGCAGUUGACCGAGAGCGAAACGACUUUAGUGAAAAUAAGAGAAGCUAUUAGCGCCCAUAGCAAUUCGUCAUCGGGGUCUAUCGCCUGUUCUGACAUGGUUAGAGCAAUGCCAGUCUUGGCGAGAUAUCCCGACGACGGUUUGCUAUAUAGGGCCAUUGUUAGGGAAAUAUUCAAACCAAGCGAUAAAGUAAGUGUCAUGUAUGUUGAUUAUGGGAAUCUGGCAACAGUUUCCUCUUUUGAUAUUUUCACCAUCACAAAAGAGUUAGCCUCUACUCCUAUCCAGGCCCUGAGGGUUGUUCUGAACAACCUGAAACCGCCGGAAAACGGCUGGCCUUCUGAACUGACCCGAUACCAGACGAUGUACGAAAACUUUGGCCCUAUUACGGUUAAUAUAACCAAGGUGAAAAUAGUCGACGGCGAGAUGGUUGCAAACGCCAUUGCAUCCGAGAGUCUGGUUUCUCAGUUUGAAAGAGGUUCAGAAGAAGCCUCUCCAGUGAAACAGACCAGUGUUCCAAAUGAGAAUGUGCAGAGUGUUGAAAAACCAGAAAAUGAACACGUACCAGGUUUGAUUUUCUUAGAUGUUUGGGCCGAGAAAUUGGAUUUACUCUUGGACCAGUUCUUAUAUUCGAAAAAGAUAGCGAAGCUCAAAGAAAAUCUUUAUUUGGUGAACAUCGAAGCUGCCAACGUCGAGGUGAUGGCGGAGGUUCUCCCCGGGAAAAAAUUAACUCAAGAAAUUCCAGAAAGGCACAUAAUUAAUGUCAUGAAAAUUGGAGAAGACAGGUUGUUUGUCGACUUUUAUAAUCUUGAUGGUGACGAUUGCGGGGAAGGAAGUGAUAUUUCUUUGACAAUUUGUCCAGUCUGUCCUUUUCCUGUUGUAAACAGAGUGGAUUACUUUUACUUGUGUCAUUAUGAAGGUGCUAUUUUAUAUCUGCAGAAAAGUAAAGACGCUGGUAAAAACAGUGAGAUGCUCGAGGAACUGUUUGAAUUUUAUGAAAAUACCCCUGUCCAAAAAGUAGACUGGGAGCCAGGAAUGCUAUGUUGUGCCAAGUCCGCCGAUGGUAAUUGGUACAGAGCUAAAGUCAUCAAUGGUCCUGAUAUGAUGAUCAAGUACAUCGAUUAUGGCAACACGGAAAAAGUCGGUCUCGACCAGCUAAGGAAAUUAGACAAGAAAUUUACAAACGAUCCAGAAUUCUGUUUUCCCGUCGUUCUUCCAGUCGAGUUGAAACAGAAUGAAGUCCCUUUUGAAGAUUUGGUUGGGAUGUUCGAAUUUAAAGUCUCACUUUUGAAAAACAACUUAGGAAAGUGGGUGGGCGAUUUGGUGUUUAUGUCCACAGGAGAGAGGCUCUCCGAUAAACUUGUUAAUAACGGACAAGCGACAUUGAAACCGAAUUCCCUGUUCGCUCCUGAAAACCUUCCCGUCGACUGGGAUUUCAGAAUCGGGAUGAAGUUCAGCGUUGUGGUAUCGCAUGUGGAUUCCCCUACAAUGUUUUGGGUCCAGCUGACGAGGGACAUAGACAGGAUUGAAGCCGUGCAAGAAGCUCUCACCGACGCUUUGAAACCGGGCAAGGAAGGGCAAGUAUUUGCUGCACUCUACCAACAAGACAGCAUAUGGUAUCGAGCUAUAAAAACCAAAAACGACGAAGUCAGAUUUAUCGAUUACGGAAAUACAGACAUUGCUCUAGAGAGACGUCCAAUCCCUGAAGAAUUCAUGAAGCCGGAAAGUGGUUACGCUCUGCAAUUUUUCCUCUGUGUCAAGCCCAUUGGAAACGACUGGUCUGAAGAUGCCAAUAAAAUAUUUGAAGAUUUCAUCGAAAGAGAGUUAGAAGCGAAAAUCAUAUCUCUCAGUUAUAAAAUUGUCGUCGAUCUGAUCAGUGAGGGUACUUCUCUUUCGGAUCUACUUAUAAAAGGAAAUCACGGCACAUUUACAGACCAUACUCCGCAGUUUGUUUCAGAAGCAAUGCCAGAAACUACGAACAAAAGCAAUGUAACGCAAAAUAAGCAUUUUAGCAGACCGCUUCCUCAAAACCCAAAUACAGAUUUACCAGGUGUGCAGAAAGUUUACAUCUGUUACCUCAAUUCUGUGAAUAAUUUUUCAAUCCAGUACGAAUCCCAGUCGAAAGAAUUGGAAAAUCUUUUAGGCAGCCUUUUAGAAGCGAAUACAUUCGAAAAACUCACUGAUUUUGAAGUAGGCGAUUUGGUCGCCGCUCAAUUCCCCGAAGACGAUUUAUGGUAUAGAGCAAGGGUUCUUUCGAAAGACCCUUUGAAAGCUGUCUUCGUAGACUAUGGCAAUACGUCUUACAUAUCAGAGGUGAGGAAAUUACCCGAAGAGAUGUUCGGUUUGCCCCAGUACGCCAUACCAUGCAGUCUGAACAUCGACGAGACCGAAGACCUCAACGAGAAAUUCUACCAACUCCAUAAAUCUGGAGAUGCGCCUUUUGAAGUCGUAUAUACCACAAGAGGGGAUCCGAAUAUAGUCACUUUAAAACACUUCGAAGGAGAUGACAUUUUAAACGACAUCUUACCAUCAAACGACAGUAUUAUAAAGAAAUCACAAGAAAAUUUAAGUCCGCCUAAGGAAACCGUUAAAUUAGAUGAUGAGAAAGAAGAAAGUACAAAAAUACAAUCCAAACUAUCGCCAGAGAAGCCGGAACACCUCGAGUGUUUCAAAUCCUGCUUGAUCGCUUAUUUCAAAUCACCGUCUCUUUUUUACACCCAAACUCCUGAGCACUCGACUCAAGUCGAAGAGCUAAACGAGAAACUUGCCGAUGCUGAUAAUUUCCCCGAUGUAAGUUCACCCUUGAAACUCGGCGAUAAAGUGUUAGCGCGAUUUCCAGAAGACAACGCUUGGUACAGGGCCGUCGUUAUAGAACUGCCGAACACGGUGUUAUUCAUUGAUUACGGGAAUGAAAGCAAAGUCGAAGAAUUCAAGAAACUACCCGAAACUAUGGAUUCGCCUCAGCUAGUCUACAAAUGUUCUCUUGUGAAGCCAGAAGGCGUCGAAACGUGGAGCGAGAGCGCUGUGGAUAAAUUCAAAUCGAUGAUCAACCUAGAGAUUUAUUUCGACGUCUACGUCUUUCAAGACGGAGAUGAGAAAAUGGUCGAUCUUUAUGUAAGCGGGAAAAGCCUGUCUGAUGAACUCGGGAAACUUUGCGAACAGAACCAACAAGAAUUGAAACAGUGCAUACUGACGCAUUUUAACACAUUAAACGACUUUUACAUACAGAACAUCAACAGUCCUGAGUUGAUGAUAAUCGAGUCCGCUAUGCAAAACCAGCUUACGCCGAUUGAUUUGAAGGACGUUAAAAUAGGCGACUUCAUAGUUUGCCCUUUUGAAGAACCUGAAAGUUUUUACAGGGCGAAGGUUUUAGAUGUGAAUCCAUUAAAAGUGUACAGCGUAGAUUGCGGAAAUAUAGAUAUAGUAGAGAAGGCUUUUAAAAUGCCAGACGAUAUAAAGAAUCUUCCUCCGCUCGCUCUCCACUGCUCUCUAAAUUUCAACGAUAAGACUUUAGAAGGGGAGUUAGGAGAAAGACUAGUCCAACUAGCCGGUGAUCUAGAAAAAAUAGAAUACACAAUCAUCGGGGAGUCUCACGAUAAAAAAAUAAUCCAACUAUACACAGGAGGGGAAAAGUUCAUAAAUGAAGAUAAAAUUAAUGAUCAAAAUAAACAAACAGACAUAAAGAAUGUGAGAGUCGUCGAAGGGUUUGUCUCGUAUUUUGAAACUUUAAACAAGUUUUUCAUACAAGAAAAUACUGACGAAAUCGACAGGAUGUCUGAUAUUCUUAAUUCGAGGGAAUUGGAAGAGCAGAACGUUAUAAAAAUAGGCGAUUUGAUAGCGGCGAAUUUCCCUGAAGACGGUGUAUGGUACAGGAGCCGCGUUAUUGAAGUGGAACCAAUUCAGAAAGUCUUAUUCGUCGAUUACGGUAACACCUUGGACGUCACAGAUGUCCGCCAGCUUCCCAAGGAAUUGGUCAACGUACCGCCCCAAUGUGUAGAGGUGAGUCUCAACAGGAAAAAUGGCGAUACAGUCUGGCCGGAAGACGCCAACCAAGCGGCCCGGGACAUGUUCGACAAGUACAAGGUUAAAAUCACCCAAUGGACGCGCGACGGCUGUAAAGAGCACAACAUCAAAUUUGAAGGAAACGAUCCGACCAACUAUUUCGAAAAUUCCAUCCUGCCUGAAGGAAGUUUCGAAACUUCAAAGGACGAUGUAUUUCGACCUUCCAAAGAAUGAAUGGCUGUGUAAUUGGAAACUUGAAGUACUUUUCAUAAAUUUGUGUAUUAAUGUUA